AUGGGGAUGCAGCCACAGACAGAGCAAGGAGGGGGCGGCGCCGCCGCGGCGAAGGAAAUGGAGGAGGAGCCGCACGUCGAGCGACUUCCCGCCGACCUCCUCGCGCACGUGCUCUCCCUCCUCUCCUCCUUCCACGACCUCGCCAUGGCCGGGGGAGUGAGCCGGCGGUGGCGCCAGGCGGUGGGACGGUCGCUGGCGACGCGGCGGCGACUAAGCUUCGCGGGACAGAGCACGGGCGACGACUCCGCCGCGCGCCUCGUCCGCGCCGCCGUCAACCUCCGCGACCUCGACGUUUCGCGGGGCUGCUGGGGCUGCCACAUCACCGACGGAGGGCUGCUGCAGAUCUCCACGGCGGAGUGCGUCGGCAAGCUGACCGCGAUCUCGUUGUGGGGAUUGGCCGGGAUCACUGACAAGGGCGUCGUUCGUCUGGUUUCAAGAGCACAUUCUUUGCGGCAUCUCAAUAUUGGUGGAACAUUUAUCACCGAUGAAUCCUUGUAUGCCGUUGCAAACAACUGUGCAAAUCUGAAGAGCAUCAUGCUGUGGAGCUGCCGCCAUGUCACGGCGGCCGGCCUGGUGGCGCUGGUGAGCAAGUGCCCGGAGUUAGAGUGCAUCAACGUCGGCGGGAUGAGGGUGUCGCGGGAGAGCUUUGCCGGCCUGCUCUCCAUCAGCCCUGUUCUGAGGAUCAGGUCCGUCCCGGAGAUCGUCAACGCCAGCGUUCAGGUUUCAUGA